AUGGAUCCUAGUGCUUCAAGUUCGCAAGUGGCCGAGUUGUACGUUGCUGAUCUGCACCAGGAUGUUACUGAAGCCGAUCUGUAUGACAAAUUUUCUCCCUUUGGGCCCAUCCUCUCCAUCUGGGUGUGCAAGGACUUGAUCGCUCACCGCUCACUCGCGUAUGGUUAUGUAAACUUCAAAUGUCACGCUGAUGCCCAGCGUGCUUUGGACACCAUGAACUUUGAUGUGAUCAAGGGCAGACCGGUCCGCAUCAUGUGGUCUCAGCGUGACCCAUCUCUGAGGAAGAGUGGAGUGGGCAACAUCUUCAUCAAGAACCUGGACAAGUCCAUUGACAACAAGGCCCUUUAUGACACAUUUUCUGCUUUUGGCAACAUAUUAUCCUGCAAGGUGGUUUGUGAUGAGAACGGUUCAAAGGGCUACGGCUUUGUGUUCUUUGAGACCCACGAGGCAGCAGAAAGUGCCAUUGAGAAAAUGAACGGCAGUUCUAUUAAAGAUAAAAAAGUGUUUGUUGGACACUUCAAAUCUUGUGAAGAACGUGAGGCCGAGCUUGGAGCUAGGGCCAAGGAAUUCAACAAUGUGUACUGCAAAAACUUUGGUGAAGACAUAGAUGAUGACAAGCUGAAGGAAAUUUUUGGGAAAUUCGGUCCUGCCUUGAGUGUCAGAGUCAUGACUGACAGCAAUGGAAAGUCCAAAGGCUUUGGGUUCGUCAGCUACGAGAGGCAUGAGGAUGCACAGAAGGCUGUGGAUGAGAUGAAUGGUAAAGAGCUGAAUGGUAAGCAGGUAUAUGUGGGUCGUGCCCAGAAGAAAUCUGAACGCCAGACAGAGCUGAAGCGCAAGUUUGAGCAAAUGAAGCAGGACAGGAUGACACGCUUCCAGGGUGUCAAUCUGUACGUCAAAAAUCUGGACGAUGGACUUGAUGAUGAGCGUCUGCGCAAGGAAUUUUCCCCCUUUGGGACCAUCACCAGUGCUAAGGUCAUGAUGAAGGGAGGCCGCAGCAAGGGCUUUGGUUUUGUGUGCUUUUCAUCACCUGAGGAGGCCACCAAGGCAGUAACUGAAAUGAAUGGCCGCAUUGUAGCCACCAAGGCUCUGUAUGUGGCCCUGGCCCAGCACAAGGAGGAACGCCAGGCCCACCUCACCAACCAGUACAUGCAACGACUGGCUAGCGUGAGAGCUGUGCCCAACCAGGUUCUCAACCCUUACCAGCCCACAGCUCCUUCUGGAUACUUCAUGGCCGCCAUUCCACAGGCCCAGAACCGUGCUGCAUACUACCCAACUGGCCAGCUUACUCAGCUGAGGCCAAGCCCUCGCUGGGCCACCCAGAAUGUGAGACCACAGCAUUUCCAGAACAUGACCAACGCCAUGCGUUCCUCAGCCCCAAGGCCUCAGACUUUCAGCACCGUGAGGCCCGCAUCCUCCCAGGUUCCCCGCAUGAUGACCUCCCAGCGUGUCGGUGCCCAGGCUGUGGGACCCCGUCCAUCCAGCGCUGCGACGGCUGCGACAGCCCCGGUGCGUGGCGUGCCCCAGUACAAGUAUGCUACAGGUGUGCGCAACACUCAGCAGCACCUGGCUGCCCAGCCACAGGUGGCCAUGCAGCAGCCUGCUGUUCACGUGCAGGGCCAAGAGCCCCUGACUGCCUCCAUGUUGGCUGCUGCUCCUCCUCAGGAGCAGAAGCAGAUGCUGGGUGAACGUCUGUUUCCACUGAUCCAGAGCAUGCACCCCACCCUCGCUGGUAAAAUCUCUGGCAUGCUGCUGGAAAUCGAUAACUCGGAGCUUUUGCACAUGCUGGAGUCCCCCGAGUCCCUGCGCUCCAAGGUUGAUGAAUCAGUCGCUGUGCUGCAGGCGCACCAAGCCAAGGAGGCUGCGCAGAAAUCUGUGACCAGUUCAGCUAGUUCAGCAACUGUCUAGUCAGAGGUGAGGAGU